AUGCUGUAUCGCCUCAAGAUCGGUGGUGACGACAACUGCCAGUACAAAAACAGGUGGUUGGACACUUGGAACCAUCGUAUGCAUCGGGAGGCCGGCCGAAUUGCCGUCCGCGAGACUUGCUCCAGGCCAUCGCUGAAGAGCCUCUGGGAGCGCUUCUUGUACCUGUUCAACCCUCCCAACAACGAGAAUGGCAACCUCCACAUCUCGCAGAUCGCCGGCUCGCGGUGCGUGUCGAUGUCCGUUGGAUCGGCCUGCUUGGAGUUUGAGCUGGACAGCAUGAACACACUGGGCAAGGUGCCUUUUGAUGACGAGCUGGUGGAGGGAGGUCCUCUGAUCUUCCACGCGGAGCCUCACGUGGACAAGACGACAGGCGAGUGGGUGACGUGCGCGAUUCAGCUCCGCAUCAGCCCGGAGGACAUGGGCCUCAAGCCGGAGUAUGUGGUUUUCUCUGUGAUGCCAGACACCUCGCGGACCCCAGGCGCGCCAGUUCGCCGCCGUCUGAUCCGCCGUAUCUCCACAGAGUAUCCGUCGCCUGUCCACACCAUCGCGUUGACAGAGAAGUACAUCGUCAUGAUCCAGAUCCCAUAUCCCCUGAAUUGGGAUGGCAUGCUCAAUGCGGAGGCUCGAUGGCUGAUGGAUGGUGUCUAUGAGGGUAACCUCAACGACUACAACACCUGGCAGCCUGAGCGCCCGACGACCAUCCGCAUCAUCAACCGAGUCACCGGUGAAGAGACCCAGGUCUUCGAGACCGAUCCGCGUGCCUUGCGAAAAGGCACGCACCCGGACACGACUUGCGGAGGCAGCGUCAUGGCGAUGGCGCCUUGUGGCGAUGCGUGGCCCUUCGAGCAAAGAGGUGUAGAUUUCGGGGUGCACAUGGUUCCCCAGCAUGUUGGAGCGCUGUCUGUGAAUCUUGGGCAGCUCGAGAAAUGGCGGCGCUGGCCGCGCCUGGCGACUCCCGAGCUGGCACGAGCUGCCCCCCAGGCAGUUCUGUCCAUCCUGCACGCCAUGCAACGUGCCAGGGUACCAGUCAACUCCUUCCACCGCAGCGCGGCCAUCGCAGGUUUGGCGAGAGGACAGCUUUGGCAAGAAGCUUUGGCUGUCGCCGAUGGCGCUUUGGACGUGGUCACUGGAAAUGCCGCCCUCGGGGCCUGCGAGAAGGCCAGCCUGUGGCCCACGGCGCUUGCUCUGCUUGACGAGCUCGUCUUGUUGAACCACGUGGAUGUCAUCAGCUACAACACUUGCAUCAGUGCCUGCGCCAAGAACUCCGAGUGGAGUUGGGCCCAGGUCUUGCUAGACCGAAUGCCAACCAACAAGCUGGCCCCUGACCGCGUGACAUUUAACUCCGCGAUGCUGGCAUUUGCGCGUGCGCAACGGUGGCAAGCUUCACUGCACCUUUUUGAGGAGCUCCCGCGGCAAAGGCUGGCGGCGGAUGAGUUUUCGGUGACGGCGGCCAUCCAUGCUUGCGAAGCAGCGGGCGCCUGGCAGUUGGCCCUGGCGAUACUGCAGGAAACCUCGGCGCCCACCCAGCAAAACUGGAACGCAGCCAUUAGCGCCUGCGAAAAAGGUCGCCAGUGGCAGCGUGCCAUCGACCUCCUGCUGCGGUUCCCCGCGGCCGGCCUUCGGCGCGAUGUGAUCUCCUACAACGCCGCCAUAAGUGGAUGCGCAGGGGCAGGGCAGUGGCCGGCAGCCCUGGAUCUCCUAAGCCUGAUGUGCCAGGAUGGCUGCGAGCGUGACGUUGUGAGCUUCAGUGCGGCCAUCAGUGCCUGCGAAGACCGCGGGCAGUGGCAGCUGGGCUUGCUCUUGCUGAGCUGGAUGCAGUCGAUCGACAUCCGUCCUAACGAAGUGUCGUGCGGCGCGGCGAUUUCUGCAUGCCGAGCCGAGGGACAGUGGCAGAUUGCUCUUGGGCUCCUAUUCGACAUGUCCCAGCUGGGCUUGCAUCCCAACCGAGUGAGCUGCAAUGCGGCAAUGGCCGUUUGCGAGUCUGCCGGUGAAUGGCAAUGGUCGCUGUGGCUUCUCAGCCUACUUGGUGCGCCCGGAGACAACGGGAUGAAGCCCUCAGAGCAGAGCUUCGGCGCGGUGAUCUCGGCCUGCGCUGCAGGCAGCGAGUGGCAGAGAGCGCUCCUUCUCUUCGAGUCCUUGCAAGAUCUCUCCCCCGAUGUGGAUCGGAUUGCUUGGAGUGCAGCGGUGACUGCUUGCGAGAAAGGUGCGCAGUGGCAGUUGGCUGUGCAUUUUCUGAGCAGUAUGGUCCAUCAGGACAUCUCGCCUGACGUGAUUGUGUGCAAUGCCGUCUUGAGCUCCUGUGAGAAGGCAUCCUAUUGGACGCUGGCUCUGCACGUGCUUCGAGUCAUGCCCGACUUUGAGCUCACGCCGAACGACAUCAGCUUCAACGCAGCCCUGCAUGCCUGCUACAAGGGGCAGAACAUACAUGGCCAGACAUUCGCAGAGGAGCGCGAAAUCGGCCUCGGUGUCGAGGAAAGUCGAGGACGAGGGCCCGAAGAUGCAACUCAGAUGCUCUCGCAGAGCUAUGGCUGCAAUGCGUUCUUCUUCUUCCACAUCAUCAAUGCGUUUGAGGAGAAGGGCGGAUCCUCCGAUGAGGACGAGAUAGUCAACCUGGAUGUGGUGUGCUACAAUGAGCCGCCUGUUGGCUUCCCACUUCGCCAGGCGCGGUCUGGAGAUGUUGAGGAUUGGCGCGGUGGCGGCGGAGAGGUCCGGCGAUUCGCCAUGAACAUCAGGACUGGAGAGUGCACCUGCACCGGUUGGCCAGACAACUGCUUCGACGAGCCCAAGAUCAACCCCAAGGUUGAUGGUGUUCGACAUCGGUACAGCUGGGGUGUCAUCGACGACAAUGGCAUGCUUCGCCUCACAAAGCAGGACCACGACACCCACGCAGUUAUGAAGUGGGAAGGUCAAGACGUGACUCGCGAACUGCCUUGGCAGCCUGUGUUUGUGCCGGAACCAUACAGCAACGAAGAGGAUGCAGGUGCUGUUUUGAGCUUCGUUCGUGACCAGCCCACUGGCGAUUCAUUCUGCGUGGUCCUCAACGCGAAGACCAUGGAAGAGCAGGCUCGCAUCCACUUCCCUGCUGGGCAUCACGUGCCUCUGCACGGCCAUGGCGCCUUCUUCUCUGGCAACGUCUGA